GAGGAAAUGACGUGCUAAUGUUUUGAAUCGUGCGGGCUAACGAGCAGCACGAAUAGAAAGCCUGUGAGCGCCGACACUGACCAGCUUCCCCCAGCCCUAAAACAUCUGGGGCAAACUUUGAGCUUCAUGUCUCUGUAACUUCUGCCUCCGGUUUGCAGUCACUGCUGCUCCUCAUCAUACCUGUCCUGGUCAGCUGCAGCGCUUCACCUUUAAGUAUUUCCUCUCCUGCGCAGUAAGAAAACGCAAUGGACCUCCACAAAAUCAUCCACAACGCUCUGCACGAGUUCAUCCAGACUUACAUCCCUGAUGCAGAUCUCAGCACACUGGAUGAUGUCCUCCUGUCUUACAUCACCGGAGUCCUGGAGGAUCUUGGCUCGCAGCAGAGUGUUGAGGAAAACUUUGACGUGGAGGUUUUUGCAGAGAUGUUGGAGGCUUACAUACCCGGCUUUGCUGAAAUUGAAAGUGUCAAAAUCUGUGAAAUGAUGUUCAACCUGGCUUCAAAACUAGCCACUGCUCGGACCUCAGCUGACAAAGAAGACGUGCCUAAGUCGAGAACAGAAGAGAUUUCAUUAAAACUUACGACUCUGCUUAGUGAACCUCCACCAGGAAGAGAAACACAGUGCCUUAAAACACAGACAGAGGGCGCCACUGCUAAGCCACCAGUGGCCAGUGAGUGGGAGGCCCAGGAGCAGCACCUGCUGGAGAUGUUUCCCAAGUGUAGUCUGUCCGAGGCUCGCAGCGCCCUGUCUAUUGCCAAAGGAGACAUGGAGGAAGCCGUGCGCCUCAUCAUAGAGGGUGAUGUCCAACUUAGCCCCAUUCCUCUUAAUGUCAACCAAGGGAAGAGUAUUUCCUCACAGGCGGACCAGAAACUUAAAGAGAGCAUCCUAGAGAAGUAUAUGCUGGUGGACAACGAGGAUGAUAACAAAACACACCGUCCUGUCGCCCCAAAAGAUGCUCCGAAGAAGCUAGUUCGGUACCACGGCAACCAAGUGGUAACCACAAAAGGAGAGCGAUACCAACUUGUCAAGAAAGACGAGGCAGAGGACAUGAAGAAGACGUAUGUCAACCUCAAGCCUGCACGAAAGUACAGAUUCCAUUGAUGACGAGCACAACACUGUGAGAGCAGCUACUGACGAUCUUGUUUACACCAUUUUAAUUUAUGGAGCUCAUUUAGCCUGACUUUUUCUUUCCCCAUGUGAAGGAAGAUAUUUGUUAUUGUGUCAGUGGCUUGUUUUGAAUUAUGGUUACCGUUAUAUGCCUUGGUUAAAACAUUAGCUUUUGAGCUUUAGUGAUAUUUUGGUGGGGAUGUUGUAACUGUUUUGUGUAACAGCCUAACCCAUCUACUUUUUUGCCAUCUCAGCAGGUCUGAUGUUGCACUGACAUUAUUGCCUUUUUUAUUUUUUUAGACAUCCUAAUUUUAUUAUUUUUUUCAUUUGUAUUUUCUUUAACUUUGUACUAUAUUUCAAUGGUCCUUUUAACUUUAACAAUGUAGAUUCAUAAUUAUGACAGAUGAAUCCAUUGUCAUUUCUGUAAAUAAGUUCUCGUGGUGCUGUAGAGUUUCUCCUGGACGUUAUCAAUCUCAACUGCUUUUUUUUUAUGUAGAUAUUAAGUCAUAAGUCACAACGCCAAUUUUAUUUGAAGUUCUAUUUUUACAUCAUGCAAAGGAUGCAGUGCUGUGAAAACGUUCGGUCCAGCCUUCUGUUUUAGGUAAUUUGUCUUGGGACAUAUAGGUUUUUUAAAAUGAAAAUGUGUACAGCAGGUAACCACAUCAGUCCUCACCUAAUAAUAGAUACCUAUGGUAGAUGCAACAGAUGUACAGUUUAUAGUAGUUGUGAAAGACUAGACUAUAGUGUGUACAGUACUAAAUCUAUCAUGUGAGCUCUGUAGGUCAUCUGAGCUUUCUGGGUAACUUUGCUGAACAGCUCAUUUCUUAGUCCAUGUUCCAUUUUUGAGCAAAACACUUCAGAUAACGUAUGAUAAUAAAGUUAUAUACUUUUGAAGCAACCA